AUGCAAAUCUUUACAGAGGACGAGCUUCAGGCAGCCAAGAAUCAUAAAUAUUCCGGAACAGACGAUUCUCUUCUCGUACGCUUCUGUUUGAAGUACAUUUGGAACUGGAUGGUCGAGAAAUUCCCAAUGUGGCUUGCACCCAAUGUAAUCACACUUACAGGCUUCCUAUUCGAAGUUGUAUCAUUCCUGAUCUCAUUCAUUGCAUCAAACUGCAUGAGCAAGUCAUUACCAGGUUGGGUUUGCAUCUUAGAUGGUGUCUUCCUCCUCAUUUACCAAACUCUUGAUAACCUCGAUGGCAAACAAGCUAGAAGAACCGGUUCCUCAUCCGCUCUUGGCCAAUUCUUUGACCAUGGCUGCGAUGCUAUCACCGGUUGCUUAGAAUUAAUGAAAGUAUCCAUGGUAUUGGACUUCGGACCUUCUGUUAAAACGCUAAUAUUCGUCUCUUGCAUGGGUAUUGGCUUCUUACUCACAACAUGGGUAGAAUUCUGCACUCACAAGUUCUACCUCGGCUACUUGAACGGACCAGAUGAGGGUCUUUUCAUUCUCGGUGUUGUUCAAAUCCUCGUUGGUAUCAAGCCCGAUCUAAAGUCAAAGUUCGAUUCCAAGUUUAUUAACUACGGAUUCUUAAUAUGCUUCGCACUUACAAUCUGCCUUGUUAUCUUCGAUGUACUUGUCGAAACAUUCCAAAAUCCAGCCAUCUUCUGCCGUGGAAUUGCUUCUGUCAUCCCAUGUUGGAUUACAUUCUCAAUUUUCCUCGGUCAUGCAAUCAGAUAUAACUUCGAAAACUUAUCUCCAUUCUUCAUCAUGUUAUGCGGCCUUGUUCUUCAAUUUGGCGGUCAAAUGAUUAUUAUCGCAAUUAUUACAGCCAGACCAGCCAAACGUCUUUACAGCAAAGUUGUUAUACUUGAAUGGAUUGUCCUCUUGAUUCCUUUCAUUCCAGGCUUCAAAUCCGACAAUCUUUUCUGGCAAAUUUGCUUCUACGCUCACCUUCUCGUUAUGCUUGUUACAGACAUCAACGUUGUUUACAGUCUUUCUACUGGCAUUGGCAUUCCAAUCUUCCACAUCAUUCCAAAGCCACCGCCAGAGCAGAACGACCAAGAGGCUGAAGACGUUCUCAACCUCGUUAUCAACAUCGAAGACGAUGCCGAUGUUGAUAAACUUGCUGCACCAGUUAGUGACGACAUUCAAAUUGAAGUACCUGAUGAAGAAAAUCCAACUGUUUAA